GGCCUUUCCACAUCACUUAUAUUUAUACACACUUAACAGGACAAACUCUGCUACCUUAAUUUAGAAACAAGAAAACUUUGCCAUGGGGCCUUGGAUGAAGCCAGAGGUUUAUCCUCUUUUGGGAGCCAUGACAUUUGUUACUGGUAUCUGCAUCUUUCAGCUUACCAGGAGCAUGCUGCUAAACCCUGAUGUCAAAAUAAACAAGGCUCAUCGGAAAAUGGGAGUGCUUGAGAACCAGGAGGAAGGAGAAAAGUAUGCAGAGCAUGGCCUGAGAAAGUUCCUCAGAACCAGACCUCCUGAAAUUAUGCCUUCUAUAAAUGACUUCUUCUCUAAAGAUAAAUGAAUUUAUGCUUAUAAUGGAAGUUUUUGGACAGUUUAUCAAGUCUGUAAUUCUGCUGUGCACACUUUGGCUUUUCAGUUGUUGUAACAAAGAAACUGAUGUCAUUGUUUCAAAGAUUAUAGAGAAGUCCUGCAAAAAUUUAUCCAA